GAUCAGAGUAGAAUGUGAGGCCUCAGUGAUUCAAGCUUGUUAAGAUCUGACUUCUGUAAAUGCUCAGUAGGUUUAUCUUAAAUGGUGAAACACCAAUUUAUGUAACGCUUGUUGAUGCUUUCUCUAGAAACAUAUCCUCAGUCUCUACUUCAAAGUCACAUUGUCCAACUUAGUAUUAAUGUGUUUCUGCAUAUAUUUGUAUGCAUUGUCUCUAUUUAUCCAGAUGGAGGCAGAACACUUCUGCUGUUCUUCUUCUGCAACCUCUCAUUUUUCCACCAACUGCCUAAGCAAUACACACAUACACAGAACAAGACCACAGAACUCUCAGAAGAAGAGCAGACUUUCCUCUGUCUUCUGUAAGGUGAGAUGUCAAUGUAUUAAUAGAAUGAGCAUUGAAGAGAAAGCAACGGGAGAGUCGCAGUGGCGGUGAAUGUUUAAACGCUGGAGCUACACUACAAUGAAGACUCACAAAUACACAGUCAUCAUCAUCUUUAGCAUUUUCCUCCUGAUCAAAGGUGGGAUCGUCAUUAAGAAAUCCGUGCUGGAAGGCAAGAAGUUCAUCUUCCAUCUGCCGAAUGUGGAGUCUGACACAGACAUCAGCGCAGUCGAAUGGAAACUGGCGGACAGAAACAAACUGCUGGCUCACAUUAGCUUGGACAAUGCUAAUAAGACAAUAAGAUUUUGGGAGGAAAGCAGAUUUCAGUUCAUGCAAAAUGGGUCAAUGAUUAUCAGAGAUGUUAAACAAGAAGAUACUGGCAAUUACACUUGCAAAAUCAUAUUCCAAAACAACACAAUUGAAAUAUAUAUCAUCUCAUUGACUUUGUACUCAGAAAAUACAGAACAGACCCCUACUCAUGACUCCACUUCCACUACAACAGUGGACCAAGGACUUUAUAUAGUGCUGAUUCCAGUGACUGGAGGAUUUCUUUUACUUGGCAGUGUGAUAGUCAUUCUUUUAAAAUGCAGAAGAAAAUCUUCAACUUUGGAUGAACCCAUUUACAUGAACACAAACCGCAAGUGUGACAGAAACCCACAGACAAGAAAAUAGCCCAGAUGUGGCCAGAAGGAAAUUAAAUGAGUAUAUGUUCCAAAAAUCAUGUUCCUUUAAACUAUUUUUGACUUAAAUGUUCUAAGUCAAGCAACAUGCUAAGGCUUGCCUCUGCAAGACCUGACCUGAAACAAUGUGUGCUAGUGUGUGGUUUUACAGGCAACUGUUUUUAAGGGUCUGUUCCGGCUUACGCAUUUGCCAGGAAAUUGUUUCACAUGCAUGUCUUCUGGGCAGAGCACAUGCAGCUCUUUUAUGUAUUAUUUUGUAUCUCAAACAUUAUACUUGACAAAUUUAGCCUUUUCUUUUUAAACAUAUUUUUAUUCAGAAAUAUAACACUUUAGAAUUACAGAUAUGUAUAGAAAAUUACGUUGUGUAAGAAUUGUCAAUUGCAACCAAAUUUGAAAAAUAUUGAGCUCUUAAAGGUUUUUUGGGUGUUCCUUGGAAGAAAUGCUUAAAGGUUUCAUGCAGAACCAUACAGAAAAAGAAUUUUCAUAACACAUCUAAGUACAUAGGUAUCCAAGCACCUUUAGCUGAUUUUAAAGAAUGCAUUACGUUUCAUUAAAGAAAGUUUUCUGUAAAAGACUUCAAUUUUCCAGUGAACCAUUGUCUAAGUUAACACUCGGGUUGGAUAGAAUGUUUUUGUAUGCUGUAGCUGGUGUGUAUUAGAUAAUCAGUGACAAUCCGGAGCCAACAAGGGAGCAGACAAGUAGGCUAAAAAAUGACCAUCUGCUAGCUGCAAAGAAUUGUUAAGACAGAAAUAAUUUCACAUUGUCUGAAUUUUUAUUUUAAGCUAUCUUAGCUUUAUACUAACAUAUGUAGCUACAAAUAAAUAAGACCAACAAGAUGAUUCCACUAAUAGUUAUCUACAGACCCCCAGAGCCAUAUGCUGAAUUUAUCUGUGAAUUUGUUGAUUUCAUUUCAAAUGAUUUCAUUAGUUGUUUCUCUUAACAAAGCAUUAAUUGUUGGAGACUUUAAUAUUCAUUCAGAAGAUCCUCUGAGAACAGGUGUGUCCAUCCACCCAUAAUAGAGAUCAGCAUGUUGAACAUAUAUUUAUGUCUGCUACUGCAGAGAGGUUCAUCAACAAUCUCCCAGAAUUAUCACCCAUAACUGGAACAAUAUCUGACCCCACAGAACUUGAUGAGGUGACUGAUAACUUAUAGAUUAUUUUUAGAUCCACUGAAAAUAAUCUGUUCUUUCCUUAGAAUUCCCUAAAGUAUGCCAAAUAAGGCAGAUAGCAUUUUGGAAAGGAUUACUUUGAACUGAGAAAAUAAGAAUGCAAUGACUAAAUGAUUAAAAGGUUUGUGUGGCAGUGCAAGGAACUACUGGGACAAUUCACUGCCAGUUCACCAGAGGGGGAACUGGCAGGUAUAUUGCUAAUCCUUGUUCAGGGUCAUGUGAUUCUGUCAUGUGUUAUGCCACCUGUUCGUAGUUAUCGCUAAUGUGUUGCCUUAUAUAUACCUGUCCUUUUGUGUCUGUCUGUCUUUGUUGAGUUAUUGUCUACUGUCGUGUUUGGUCUGCCAGGCUGUGUUUUGAGUAUUCUUGCAUCGCUUUGGUUGUCAUGUUUCAUGUAGGGUUUUGUUUGUUAUGUUCUGUAAUUAAACAAGGACAUGGUUUCAA